AUGUCUCAAUCGCAGGUCGACGCCCUGUGCGCCGACCUGUUGCCGAGGGUCGUCGUCGGUGACGAUCGGUUGCUCAACGCUAUCCGGGCCAACUUGGGGGUGACGGGCUCCUCCCUCAGGGGCUCCAUCGAUGCCGCCAUGUCCAUCUCUGGGAUGCAGGCCUCCAGAGACAACCAGGCACGGCUGGACCUCGUGCUGCUGCUGGACGACAUGAGCGCCCAAUCAGUCGACCUCAUCAUGUUUUGCUUGGCGGGAGACACGCCAAUCGGGUCGUGUAGGCAGCUUACUGCCCGCAUCUUUGCCUUGCCCGCCGCCUCUCCAGACGUGCCAGCCGGCACCGAGGCCUCCUGGGCACGGGUUCGCGAGAGGCUGUUUGGUCUCGAGCCCACAGCCGCCGUGCUGGGACUGGCUCGCUCGGGGAGCCUCCCGCUGCCCGACGACCCGGACGAUGGCAGCGUCGUCCUCUCUGUCCUAGAGGCCGCUGCUGGGCCGCUCAACUUUGACAUGGCCAGAGAGUCUAUGCGGCGCUUCCUGGACGGCGACGCGGUCAGGGCCGAGGUCCCGAGCGUCGGCGAUGAGCAGCGGCAGGCCUCGCGCGACUUUCUGUUCCGGCUUCAGCGGCUCCAAGCACUGGUCAACGAGCCGGAGGACAUCGGGGCGCUGAUCAAGUGUGGUUUCCGCUCCGCCGACGACAUCUCCAAGACGGGCGACGCCGCCGUCCAGAGCAUGGUUGGCCAGGGCAUCCCCCGGGAGCGCGCCGCCAAGAUCCGCAACCAUGCCGUUGUCGUCGCCAUCAGAAGCGAAGGGUUGUUCACGGCGGCGCUCAGGGCCCGCGGGUCUGGAGACGGCCGAACAAGCGAUGCUCUCGCCGACAUCACCGACCCUGUCUCGAAGGCCGCGGCCUCGCAAGACGACGAGGAGCCGCCGCCGCUGGCGCCCGAGAUUAACCUGAGCGCCAUGUUCAAGCUGGAGAAUAUGGGGUGCGCCGACUGCGCCUCCAUCACGGGGCCGGCCGCCUACUACGUCGACCUCCUCCAGACCGUCGCCGGCAUCAAGCUGCCGGACCAGACUUCGCUUCUCAAGAAGCUGUUUGAGCGACGGCCCGAUCUGGGCGACCUCCAGCUCUCUUGCGCCAACACCAAGAUCCUCAUCCCUUACAUCGACCUCGUCAACGAGGUGCUGGAGUCGGUGCUGUGGUAUUUGAAAAGGGGCGGCGACCAGAUCAUCCCGCCCUUUGACAUGGACGACUCGGACACAUGCGACAGCGUCGUCACCCAGCCUCGACACGUCAACUAUGCCGUCUACAGCGACAUGGUGCAGAAAAUGGUCCAUCCCAUGACCACCUCCCCCUACAACCUGGGCACCGACAGCACGCGCGCCUAUCUCUCCGCCCUCGGGAGUUCGAGGUACGGCCUGCUCAGCACGUUUCAAUCGCCCCAUGUGGUCGCAGACCCUACGGGAUCCCUCUCGGGCGCCCAGCCCGUCCUCGACCGCGCCCUGGCCGCCGAGGUGCUCAACCUGCAACACGAGGAUUACGUCGCCAUCUCCAAGGAGGGCUUCUACCCGUUGGACUUUCUCAAGGCCGUCGACUCGACCGUGACGCCGCAAAAGUACAGGCAGCUCAUCGACCUCCGGACGGUCGGCCAAUACUGGGGCUAUGCCAACGAUGCCGACAUGGUCGCUACGACUGGCGGGCUCACCAACGUCAAGGACCAGCUGCUGCCUCGCGGCGGCCUCAACCUCAAGGACCUCCUCGACGUCCUGAUGACAAGAUACAUCGGCGGCCGGCUGGUGAUUGAGUCGGCCGACGGCGGGCCCCAGUUCACCGGAGAGCUCGCCGACAUGCGGCUGCGCCUCCUGAAGCCGGACAGGACCACGGGCCCGCUCGACGCCGACACAUGCUGGCGCCUCCAGGCCUUCCUGCGGCUGAGGAGAAAGCUGCGGUGGAAGGUCGACGAGCUGGACUCCAUUGCCGUCCCCCUGGCUGGCAGCCGCACCACGGCCUUUGACCCGCGGCUCCUGGACGGGCUCGCCGCCGUCAAGCAGAUGGUCGAUCUAUCAGGGCGCUCCCCAACCGAGCUGCAGCCGCUCUGGGGAGACAUGAACACCCACGGCGCCAACUCGCUCUACGCCCAGCACUUCAUCCGGGGUCCCAUCCCCAUCGCCGAGCGGCCCAUCUUCGAGCCGGACGAGAACGGCAACGUGCUGCAGGGCAACUACAGAAUCUCCGACCACAUCCUCACGCUGGCGCUGGCCCUGCGCGUGUCGACCGCCUCCCUCGACGCCAUCGUCUCCACGACCGAGCUGACGGACCGCCUUACGCUGCCCAACGUGUCCUUCCUCUACCGGGUCUGCCUCCUAUCCCAGCUCCUCGACAUUUCGCCAGCCGACUACGCCGCCUUGCUCUCGCUGUACCCAGCCAGCUUCGACCCCUUUGAGAGUCCCAAGACGACGCUGGCCCUUGUCCAGCAAGUCCGGGCGUUGCUAUCUGCCGAGUCGGACCCCUGGACGCUCGAGCAGCUCCUGUUCGUGGUCAAGGGACAGCCCGGCCUGCACGGCGGCAAGUAUGACCUCGACAUCGGCAAGGUCCUGCGGGUGGCCGUCUCCAUGUUCACCACGCUCAGGGCGUCGGGGCUGGACUCGGAAAAUGGGGAGGCGGCGGAGGCCUCGUCUCGCCGCGUGCAACGCAUAUCGAAGCGACUGUUUGGGGCCGGCGCCGGCGCCAUGGUGGCGAGGUAUAUCAACGGCUGCCCCCUGGACAAGCACGAGGAAGGGGAGGCCCUGUCCCUCAUCAGGCGUCAUCUCGCCGCCAGAGUCGGUCCCGAGAGGGCCGAAUCCGUCUCGAGCGGGCUGCUCUCCGUCCAGGGCACGGCGGCAACGAUCCCCGAGGAGCGCCGCAAGCUGUUCAUCGAGGCGGUGGGCCUGCUCGUACCCCAGACGCGGGAACGACAGAUCAUCAUGGAGAGCGUCAAGUCCCAGGCCGAGGAUACAGAUGGCGCGAUCCUUCAGUUUGCCCUGUCGGAGAUUGUGCGGGUGCCGACGCGGAACCAGCAAGCGCUCCGGUCCGGCAUGGACGUGCUGCUCUCGCUCGCCGAGAACACGGAGCUGCCGGGGGGCGACUUUGACGGCUACAUGCUCCCGCCAAACACCGACACGUACAUCGUCUCCAUCGACGCCGAGACGGCCCCCGCGGCUCUGGUCCUCGACGGAGUCAGCGUCGACUUCAGCAAGGCGACGGGCUCCAGCAUUCGCUGGGAGGCCAAGACGGUCCCGCUCAUCGAGGGCCGCCCCUAUCGGCUGACGCUCACCGGCAAUGCCAGCGACUUCCGGUGGAUCGCGCAAAGCAUGAUGGGCAACCCGCCGGCGAGCUUCAGCCAAGAGGUGCUGGUGCCCGAGGAGGUCGUUGCCGAUGCCACCGCGGUUCUGUCGAGGCUGAUCCAGGUGUCGGACGUCAUCGGCUCCUUCAGGCUGGAACUCGGCGAGGUCGCCUUCUGGCAGAGCAACGGCGCCUUCGACUUCAACGCCCCGACCUUGCAGGCCAUCCGAAACCUGCAACUGUACAGCGGCCUCAAGCAGGAGUUCGCCGGUCGCGGCGCCACGGAGCCGCUGCUGUCGCUCUACCAGUGGCUUUACAACCCGACCUCGAGGGGGAGCGGCGCCGUCUUGUCGGAUGUCUUGUCCGCCGUGGCCGCCCGGCCCAAGCGCAUCUGUCAAGACUUCCUCCUGGCCAAGUACCCGGGCGUGGGUGGGGAGAGCAGCGACGAGAUGACGGGCAUCUUCAGAGACAUUGGCGCCCUCGUCCAGAUGCAAGAGUCCCUCAGGCUCAUGGACAAGCUCGGCCUCCAAAGCAUGUCGCUCAGCUCGCUGUUUGCCGUGGCCAAGCCGGUCCGACCCCCGACGGUCGCCCAAGACUUUGCCAACGCCGCGACUCUGCGCCUCGGACUCCAGUCCACGUUUACGGGCGCCGAUGUCGACGGCGUCAAGAACGCGCUCGCCGUCGCCAACGAUGAGAUACGCAGCAAUUCCAGAGACGCGCUGGUCCAAUGCCUCCUGCUGGAGGACUAUGCCCGGAAGAAGCAGCUGACCAGCGCGGACAAGCUCUUUGCCCACUUCCUCAUCGACGUCCAGAUGGGCUCGAGCCUGCAGACGUCGCGCAUCAAGCAGGCCAUCGCCACCGUCCAGCUCUUCGUGCAGAGAUGCAUGCUCGGGGCGGAAAAGGCCAACGGCAUCACGGGGGCAGCGCUCAUGGGCCGGGACGACUGGGACUAUGUGAUGCAGUACCGGCUCUGGGAGGCCAACCGAAAGGCCUUUUUGUAUCCGGAGAACUGGCUCGACCCGAGCCUGCGAGACGACAAGUCGCAGCCGUUCAUGGCCAUUGAGUCGUUGAUCCUGCAGAUGAAGCUCGACGGCACUGGCGUGAGAGGCAUCGUCGAGGACUAUGUCCGGCAGGCGAACGAGGUGGCCAACCUGCAGAUCGAGACCUACCUGUGGGAGAGGGAGAACAAGAACGACUCGAGCAACUACAAUGCAAAGCUUCACUUCUUCGGCCGCACCCGCACGAGCCCUCCCGGCUAUUACUACCGCCGCUUGGACGUUGGCGGGUCGGCUCUCACCCCCAUCGCCUACUGGAUGCCGUGGACGGCGAUGAACGUGGGCAUCGCCCUGCACGAGAUGGACCACACCGGCCAGCGGCUGGCGCGGCCUGGAUCGUACAUGCUCCCGGCCAAGCUCGGAGGACGGCUCUUCGUCUUCCUGCCCGACAUCACGGCUGGGCAGCGGCCGCUCGACGAUGACAACGGCAAGCUCACGUUUGAGGAGUUUGCCCAGAAAAAGACGUUGAAAGGCGGCCAGGCCGACCUCCAGUGGGAGGUCCGGCUCGGCUAUACCGAGUACCGCGACGGCCUGUGGUCGGCCAAGAAGGUGUCUCACUCCACGAUUAUCAUACCGCCAGACAGCAGGGGGGAGCCGUUGCCGGACAUCUCCAGCAUCAAGUUUUGGGUCGAUGUAAAGAAGCUCCCACCGUCGAACAGCGAUGUCCUCGUUGUCCGCGUGGAGCGGCUGGGACAGGACAACGGAAAGCCAGCCGUGCAGCUCCUGGGCCAGUACCAGCUCAGGGGCCAGCACUUGUUGCUGAUCGGCUCCGAAGACCUGCCCGUGUCGACCUGGACACAACCCACGGGGGCUGCCAACGCGACCAUACAGACGACCUUCUCCAAGUUCGGCUGGCUGGCGCCGGCCCACAGCGACAACGAUGCGGCCAAGAGCGACAUCUACAACGGGAGCCGCGUGGUGAAGCCGUGGUUGGGCUACCUGGGACGCGGGACCGACAAGGCCCGAUACGACUGGACCAUGUCUCUCGACACCGUCAACAACGAGGCACCGACCGGGUUCGUGUACGACGUGGCCAAGGUCGACGGCACCGAGACCUACUUUGCGUUCCCGCCCUUCAUGGCCAACCCAAACGCCCCGGAGCGGACCAUCUACUUCAACGAGCGAUUCUACGACCGCGUCAGCCCCCUGCUGAUGGACACGGUCAACCAUGCCGCCGGCCUGGAGGCGCUCUAUGGCGUUCUCGGCCAGCUACCCGAGGAAGCAUAUCCGGACGCCUUCGGUCAGCGGAACAGCAAAAUCUUCCACGAGAAGUCCACGCCGUUUGCCAUCUACAACUGGGAACUCGGCGUCCACAUCCCCUCGCUCAUCAUGGAGCGCCUCAUGGCCACGCAGCAGUUCGACCUGGCGCUGGACGUGGCGAGGCUGGCCUUUGACCCCAGCGCCGAUGGCGAUCGCGUCGACCGGCCGUGGAAAUUCCCCCCCUUCAAGGACGAGCAGAUACGCACCAGUAAAGGCCCGGACUUUGACCUCGAUUGGAAGAAGAAGAUGUCCAUGGACGAAUGGCGGGCCAACAGCUUCAGCGUCCACGCGGCGGCGCGAGGAAACCCCGUCUCCUACAUGAAGCGCAUUGCCAUGAAGUACAUCGAGAUCCUCAUAGCCGCCGGCGACCACUACUUCCGCCAGAAUUCGCUCGAGACCAUUCCAUUGGCGCUUCAGCGCUAUAUCGAGGCCUCGCAGGUCUUCGGACCGCCGCCCGUCGAGCUGCCGGCCCUGGGGAAGCGGGCCGUCAAGUCAUAUAACCAGAUCGCCAAGGACCUGACCAUCAUGUCCAACGCCACGGUCGACAUGGAGCUGGAGCUGCCCUUUUACAGCGAGCCCGGCCAGCGCGGCAACGGCAGCAUGGACGGCCGCGCGACCCUCGGCUUUCUCCGGACCGAGUACUUCUGCCUGCCCGGGAAUCCCUUCAUGGUCAACCUGCGCACGCUGAUCGACGACCGGCUGUACAAGAUCCGCAACGGCCUCGACAUUGACGGCGUCAAGCGGACGCUCGCGCUGUGGGAGCCCCCGAUCGACCCGGCCGUGGUGGUGCGCGCCAAUGCCCUGCGCGCCAUGGCCGGACUCGCCCCCCCCGGCGCCGAUCCCGACGCCCCCGUGCCCAAGUACCGCUUCAGCUACGUCGUCCGGCGCGCCCAGGAGGUGGCCAAGCAGCUGAGGAGGACGGAGAGCAGGCUGCUGAUGAUCAAGGAGAAGAAGGACGCGGCGGCGCUGGCGGCGCUGCAGGUUGAGCACCGAAAGACGCUGGCAGACUUGUCCAAGUCGAUCGAGGACGAUCAGAAGACGGACCUCCAGAGGCAAAUCGAUCUCCUGAAGCAGCAACGCAAGACGCAGGAGAUGAUCCUCGGGCACAACUCCCGACUGACGGGAGACGGCAAGGCGGCCCCGAAGACGGACGAACGCUGGGAGGACAUCCCACAGGAGUACAAGACACUGAGGAGCGACGCAUUUCGCAUGUCGUACUACGAGGAUGACGAGAUUGGGCAGUUGCACCGCGCCAACUCCCUGGGCGAUAUAGCCAAAUAUCUAAAGAUCGCCUCCGGAGUAUUCAACGCGAUCCCAGUUACGUACGUCCAGGUUCAGCCCGUGGGCGUGGGCGCGUCGUGUUCUUGGAGCGGCAAACAGUUGGCCGCGGUUACAGACUCGUUGGCCACCGGCGUGGAGAUACUAAGAGAGCAGCAUGUAACCAAAGCCAGCAUAGGUUUCCGCCAGGCCUCGGCCAUACAGCGGCUGCAGCAGCGCCGGCUGGACGCCAACAAGGCCGGCCGGGAGAUUGAGCGGAUCGACAUGCAGAUUGCGCAGCUCACGGCCAAGAUGGUCACCCAUGAAACGACCAUGAAGCUCAAGCAGGAGAUGGUGGACAGCGUCGCGGCCGAGGCCAAGUGGCUCCAGUCCAAGUACUCCAACGAGCAGCUGUACUCCAGCCUCGACAACUCCUUGGGCGCGCUCCUCUACCAGACCUACGUCACGGGCAAGGAGAUGGCGGCCAAGGCGCAGGAGAUGCUGAACCGGGAGAAGCCGGGGAGGAACGAUGCCGCCAUGGCAAAGGCCAACCAGGGCGGCGGCGGCGGCGGCACAAGCUUCUUGGACCGGGCCGUGCAAAGCGGCCAUCUCUUGGGCGAGGCCCUCUCGCUCGACCUGGCGCGUCUCGAGGCCGCCGAAAUGGAGGAUCCGGAGCCCGACGCCGAGGUGCAAAAGACAGUCUCGCUGCGCCAGCUAGACCCCCUGGCGCUCCUGGAGCUGCGCGAGUUGGGCACGGCGAGCUUCCGGCUGCCCGAGUCCGUCUUCGACAUGGACUUCCCCGGCCACUACUAUAGGCGCAUCGUAUCGGUUGGCAUAUCGGUUCCCUGCGUGGCCGACCGGCAUACGUCCUUGAACUGCACGCUGAGCCUCCAAUCGCAUAGGUAUCGAGUCACGCCACGGGCCAAGGAUGUCGACGCCUACAACGAAGCUGCCGAUGAUGACAACGGCGGCAUCGAUGCUUGGGCGUUCCGCACCGACCGUAUCCCCAUUGCCUCCGUCGCCGUGGGCACUUGCGCCAUCCCCAGCACCGGUACCGUCCAACAGCAGCAUCAGCAGCAGCAUCAGCAGGUUGAGCUCAACUUCUCGCUUGGCAGUAGUAGAGGAAACAAGGACAAGUACGGGCCGUUUGAAGGCGCCGGCGCCAUCUCGGACUGGCAGAUCCGGUUGCCGUCCGCGGUCCGUCCCUUUGACUACGACACCAUUGCCGACGUGCUCUUGCACAUCAAGUACACGGCCUUUAAUGGCGGGGAUGACUUCAGACAGAUGGCCGAGAGCGCCCUGCUCAAGCGGCUGGCCAGAGCCGAGGGCACCGCGUCCGUCAUGGCCGUCGAACUGGCCAGCGAGUACUCGAGCCAGUGGCAGAGCUGCGUGGCGGCGUCAUCCGCAGACUCGACGGCCACGCUCGACCUAUCGAGCCUACGCAGUGCACUGCCCUACUGGGCACAACGGGCCAAGGCCAAGGCCGAGAACGUCAUGCUGCUGGUGACGCCGAAGCCGGCCGCGGCGGCGCUGGACAAGCUGGAGCUGCGGACUGGCCAUUCAAACACGGUCAAGCUGGCGGCCAACGCAGCGCUCAAGGUAGGCGGACAUGAGGCGCUGGUCAGUCAGAGUGCCGUCGGGGACGUGACAAACGACUGGAAGAUUGUGGGCUUGGGAGGCAACUCGGCCAUCACUCGAGCGUGGCUACUCAUCGAAUACACGGUUACGGGGCUCAAUCGAUAG